CUCUAGCGGAUAUUUUGUACGUCACAUCGUCUCCAAGCCACGAGAAGCUUUCAGUUUCGAUUGUAAAUUUUUCAGUCGUUUACCCUUUAACCUGACGUCUUUAUACAUUUCUGACUGUAUCCGGAACCAAACGUGAACGCUGAGCUCAAACAGAACCUGCGCUGUCGCUUUAAAUCUGCGGAGCGGACUUGGCAGGAAGUUAGCCGAAGCUAACAGCUAGCCUAGCCUAGCCGUCAUGAAGACGGGCUGAGGAGCAGAAACUGGCAACGAAGCGACGAGUCAAAACACAGUUCUUGCUCGUUCCAAAGAAAGAUCAAGUGGUCCACAGCUUGAUUUGGAGACUAGCGAAAAGCAGCUAUGUCUUCAACGGUGGAUCUGAAGACCAAGGAGGAGAAGGAUGCAGAGCUAGACAAACGAAUCGAAGCUCUGAGGAAGAAGAAUGAAGCUUUGGUCAAGAGGCACCAGGAAAUACAAGAAGACAAGAAGAAGGCGGAGCAAGAGGGGAUUGCUGUGACAACUCCUCGGAAGCCCCGCCCCCAAGAGCCAGAGACUGAUCGGCGAAAGUCUGAGAAGGAGAACUUUGCCGCCGCGGUCGACGUUUGUAAACCUGCAGUGGAGAAGAGAGUCGUGAACGACUGGAGUCCCGGCACGCCUCGCGGCAGGAAGACCUCGGAGGAAAACGAUGAACCCAAAGGGCCGAGCGAAGACCUCAACACCCCCAGGAGGACUGGGUCAGGGCGACUGGGCAGGGGAGGUCAGAGAGGAGGUGGGAGUGGUGUAGGAGGAGGUAGGGGUGGUGGCCAAGAGAGGAGAACCUGGGAGCCGAGGACUCCCAGGGAAGGAGAGCCUGGGGAGUCAGGAGGCCAGGGGCACAGAGGAGGAAGGAGAGGAAGAGGAGGAGAAGGGACACCAGGUGGACCUGACAGGAAGUCCAAGGAGUGGGAGGAGAAGAGGCGUCAGAACAUCGAGAAGAUGAACGAGGAGAUGGAGAGGAUAGCCGAGUACGAGAGAGGACAGCGGGCGGACGGAGACAAACCGAUCCGCAAUUUCCUGGAUGAUCCGAGACGUUCUGGUCCGGCACCGGAUAUCGACCGAAAGGAGGGCAGCAGGAGACACGUUCGAAACUGGGGCGGGCUAGACUUCGACAACGUGAAGACAGGACCCGAGUUAGAGAGAGAGUGGACCAGUCGACGGCCGGGCCCGAAAGGUUCUGUGGACAUGACCAUGUCGAUGACGGGCCGGGAGAGAGCGGAGUACCUGCGCUGGAAGAAGGAGCGCGAGCAGAUCGACGAGGAGAGGCUAGCACGCCAUCGUAACGCCACGGGCCAGUGGAGGCGGGAGUGGGACGCGCAGAAGACUGAGAACAUGUUCAAGGAGGACCCGUCGGCAGAGGGCGCCCCGCCCGAACAGGGCAGCAGGAGAGACGACAACAAGCGACCUCCUAAGACCCCAACGUUUGGAGACUUCCUGUCCCAGGGCAGGACCCAGGGGCCCCGAGGGGACCGGAGCAGAGGGAGGGGCCGAGGACAGAAACAGAACUACAGCAUGCAUGACAACCGCUGGGAGGGAGAAAAAGAGGAGGAGGAGAAGGAAAAGGAGGACGAAUCAAAGAAGGAGGUGAAGACUAAAACGAAGAAGAAGGAGGAGGAGGAAAAACCCAAACCUCCAACACCAGAGAAGGAGGAGAAUGAAGACGAAGAGGAUGAAGAUGACGACGAAUGGGAGGACGCCAGCAAUGACGAGGAAGACGAAGAAGUUGUGGAGGAGAGGGUCGACUCGGGACGGGACUCCAGGGGCGGCGAGAAGAAAGACACCGGGAAAGAGAAACCCAGUUCGGCUGCAUCUCUCAAACACCACGUACGAACGACCUUGGCAGGAAGCCCCAAAGAGCAGCGGACGCCUAAGCCGAAGGUUCGCAUCCCGCCGCCUCCUGCAGCUCAGGAGGCGUCAGAAGGAGGCAAACCCCUCAGCCCCUUCUACCCGCUGGAAGGCCACCACCCUGUGUCCGACUGGGGGGAGGAGAUGGAGCUGCAGUCACCUCGGAGCAGCGUGGGAGGCGAGAGCCCGAUGAAACCAUCGAGCACCGAAUCCAGCCCCCCUCAGAAGAAGGAGGAAGAGGAGAGCCAAGCUGGUGGCUUCAGUGAACCUGCUGAGCUGCAUAAAGAACAAACAGAAGACAAACCCGACUCUCCUCCUCCUGCUGUCCCUGAGGCCAAACGGAGCUCGUCUGAGGCUGCGACGGGGGGCAGUGACGAGGCGGCGCCGGCCAGGACCGACAGCGCUCCGACAGAAGAAGCAGAACCGUCCUCAGAACAAACGUCCUCAGGUUAACACAGGCGGACAGGAGAAGGUCAGCGCUCGUUUGUCUGAACUCUUAAUGAAAACCAUCAUCACGAGG